AACAAAUCUUAUUUCAACUAUUAUCUUCUCCAUUACUAGGUUCUCAUAUGACCAUAAAACACUGUUAAUGGUCCGCGGUAGCCGACAAAAAAAAAAUUAUUCCCACGCCAAACACUCAUUUUGUGUUGACUUAGUGUGGAACAUUUUGUCAAGUCUUCGGUGUAACAUUGGCAUUGUGCAUCACUCAUAGAGCAAAGCAAUAUUCUGCUAGUUUGAGUAAAACUAGACAUGAACGACAUUGUGGUUUCUCCACUUCCUUGAAACUAGAUUAUUAUGGAGCUCAAAGCCAUUUUUGUGCUUCUUCCACUCACCAUCUUUCUUCCCUUCUUCUGUUGUUCUUCAUCUACAGACACCAUCGGAUUCAACGAAUCUCUUCCAGACGGCCAAGUACUGAUUUCCAGCGGAAACAUGUACACUCUGGGUUUCUUCAGCCCCGGGAAAUCAACCAACCGCUACGUGGGAAUUUGGUUCACCAAACUGCCCACACAAGUAGUGGUCUGGGUCGCCAACCGAGACGAUCCGAUCAACGAUACUUCCGGAUCGCUCUCAAUUCGAGGCGGCGGCUUGGUUCUGAGCCAAAGAAGCAACGGUACUACUUCUACUUUGUGGUCUGCAAAUGUCUCGACCGGAGCGAAUCCGGUCGUGGCUCGACUGCUUGACGAAGGAAAUUUCGUGCUGCUCCAACAGGAGGGUGGCCUCAAGACGGUUCUAUGGCAGAGCUUUGAUCAUCCAACGGACACGGUCUUGCCCAACAUGGUGCGAAAGACGGGACCGAACUACGCGCUUCGGUCCUGGAAGUCCCCUGACGAUCCUGCGACAGGGGAGUGGUCCGACAUCCUGGACCCGAACGGGUCGCUUGAGCUGAUACUGUACAAAGGACGAACCAAGCAGUGGAGGAGCGGACCGUGGAAUGGGAUCUUCUGGUCCGGGUUCCCCGACAUGCCUCGAGUUUCCUUGUUCACCUUCAGCUUGGUGAUCGAACGAAACCACGAGGCGAGUUUCGUUUGGGGGCUUCGGAAUCCUGACAUGAUUGCCAGGGUACACUUGGAUUCGUCCGGGGCUCUGAACCGCGGCGUGUGGCAGGAAAAGGAAGGACGAUGGAACGAGAUCUUCAAGUAUCCGUCGGAGCCUUGUGACAAGUACGGACAUUGCGGCCCGAACGGGAACUGCGACCCUUACGGAGUCGCUGCAGGGGACUUCCCCUGCAUCUGUCUUCCCGGUUUCGAGCCGAGGUCUCCGAGCGAUUGGUCCCUGAGGGAUGGCUCGGGAGGGUGCGUCAGGAAGAAUCUGAGUUGUGGCGGUGAUGGGUUUGUGAAAUUGGGGAAUGCUAAAGUUCCUGAUACGACGACAGCCCAAUUGAAUGCGGACAUGGAUUUGAGCAGGUGUGAGCAGGAGUGUCUGAGGAACUGUUCAUGCACGGCUUACGCGAGUUCUAAUUUGACGAGUGGAGUUGGGUGCAUUUUAUUGAACGGGGAUUUGGUGGAUACGAGAGUGUUUACCGGUGGUGGACAGGACUUGUACGUGCGAGUGGACGCAGCUGAAUUAGCUGAAUACAGGAAACGGGAAUUGAAAGGAGACAAGGAGAAGAAGAAGCUUUUAGCCGCUGCAUUGGCCUCUAUGGGUGCGGCCAUCAUAGUGGCGGUUUCAAUCGUGUAUUGCCUCCUGAAAAGGAAGAGAAAAGGAAAUCGAGGUGGCAGCAAUCAUACAAUUCUGAAAAUUGGGGUCGAAACACUGAAGGAGGAUUUGUACGAGGAUAAAGAUCCAUCCGUACCUAUUUUCGAUGUGCUUGACAUAUAUGCUGCCACAGACAAUUUCUCUGAGGCCAACAAACUUGGACAAGGUGGUUUUGGUUCUGUUUAUAAGGUAGUCAAGGUUUUCAUUUGGAAUCUAGCAAGGCUAUUUGGUUGUUGCAUUCACGAAGAGGACAAGAUGUUGGUCUAUGAGUACUUGCCAAACAAAAGCCUCGAUUUUUUCAUCUUUGAUAAAACGAAAGGCUUGUUAUUGGACUGGAGUAGACGAUUUGAAAUCAUCAUUGGGGUUGCUCGGGGUUUAUUGUAUCUGCAUCAAGAUUCGAGGUUGAAAAUCAUCCACAGGGAUCUAAAAGCAAGCAAUAUUCUACUAGACGCUGCAAUGAAUCCGAAAAUAUCAGAUUUUGGGAUGGCUCGAUUAUUUGGAGAGGAUCAAAUAGAGGCCAAUACAAAUAGAAUUGUUGGAACCUAUGGAUACAUGUCACCGGAGUAUGCAAUGGAGGGUCUAUACUCCACUAAAUCAGACGUUUUCAGCUUCGGAGUUCUAGCACUUGAGAUCGUGAGUAGUAGACGGAGCAACCAAUAUUAUCAUAAAAGUCCAUCAUUUAGCCUGAUUGGUCAUGUGUGGGAGUUGUGGAGAGAAGGAAGAUCAUUGGAAAUCGUGGAUUCAUCGAUAAUAAGAGAAUCAUGUUCUAUGGAUCAAAUCUUGAAGUGCAUUCAGAUAGCUCUCUUAUGCGUUCAAGAAUCUCCAGCAAUUCGACCAACUAUGUCAAAUGUUGUCUUCAUGUUGGGUAAUGAAACCACUCUUCCAUCCCCCGGGAAGCCGGCAUUCAUACUCCAAAGGAAACAUGAUGAUGCAAACUCAGCAGAAACUAAUACCACCGGAUCGUCGACAAAUCUUUCAACCAACCACAUGUCAAUAACCACUUUGAUAGCUCGAUAGUACAUAGAAGACAAGCACACUUAUUAUAAAAACAAAUCUAUUUUUUUCACUUUAACAUAAGCUUAGUAAUAUCUUGUAAUUACAAAGUAUACAACACAGAUUCUGCAUUUUAAGCUAUACAUACUGUAAUAUUUUCUUUACACACUUCACUUUUACUAUUCCCUCUUAGUAACAAUUUGCUCCCCAAUAAGUUUUUUGAUUGAAAAGCAGGUAAAUGUAAGAUGCUGAGUGUUAGAUUUGAGAUUUUGGUAUUUGAAAAAGAAUUUUGCUCCAAUGGAAGAGUCAAAGUGUCAAAUCUUUCCAUUUUGGUUUUUUAUACAAUUUAAUAUGGUGUAAUAUUUAUAACUUUAUUUAGAUAACUUUGUCGAGCUUUUACAUCAAUAUUAAUAAGUUUAAAAUGAACAUAUUAAGUAUGACAUUGUCAAUAACGAAAAUACAAAAACUAAGACAAUCAAUUCUAAAAUAACCUCAGACUAAAUUCAUGAUAUGUAGCCUGCAAAAUUCAAGGAAAGUGGUGUUACAUAAAAAAAGUCCAAAAAAUUACGAAAAUGCCCUCCUAAAAAAUAGGCUCAAAUCGGUGAUUAAUAGACUUCAUAAUCGGUUAAGAAUACUCUCAGGCCGAAUCUGUGAUCUGUGGUCUUCAAAAUCUAAGGAAAAUUGUAUUUCGAAAAAAUCAUCGAAAUCUGUGAUGGUACCCCUUACGAUAUGCCAAAAAUGAACUUAGAAAAAAUUUGCCCAAAUUAGUGCUUAAUAUACUUAAUCAUCGGUGUAGCUUCAGGCUGAAUUCGUGAUUUGUAGUCUUCAAAAUCCAAGGAAAAUGGUAUUUCGAAAAAAAUGCCAAAAAAUUAUGAAAAUGUCAUAAAAAAUACACUCAUCAAUAGAUACAAAAAUCAUUAGAGAAUAGCCUCUGGUCGAAUCUGUGAUAUGUUGCCUUCAAAAUAGGAAAAUGACAUUUUGAAAAAAUUGCCCGAAAUCUAUGAUGAUACCCCCUAUAGAAUAUGCUAAAAUGGAUUAAAAAAAGUCCACCCAGAUUGGUCGAAACACUUAUCUGUAGCCUUAAAAGUCCAAGGAAAAUGGUCUUUUGAAAAAAUUGCUUGGAAUCUGUGAUGGGUACUCCAUUGGAAUCUGCAAAAAAAUGGAACUGAAAAAAAUUCUCCCAAAUCAGUGCUAAAUAGACUUAAUCAUCGGUGAAGAAUAGUAUUAUGUCAAAUAAGUUAUUUAUAGCAUUCAAAAUCCAAGAAAAAUGGACUUUUGGAAAAAAAGCCCAAAUAUUUACUAAAAUUCCCUAAAAAAAAUACACCCAAAUCGGUGAUUAAUCGAUAUCAUCAUCGAUGGAGAAUAGCCUCAGGCAGAAUUCGUGAUUUGUUGCAUUCAAAAUCUAAGGAAAAUCGUAUUUCAAAAAAUUGCUGAAAAUCGGUGAUGCUACUCCUUUGGAAUCUGCCAAAAAUGGAUUGAAAAAAAACUCGUCCAAAUUGGUGAUUAAUAGACUUAAUCAUCGGUGAAUCGGUGAAGAAUAGUUUUAGGUUGAAUCACUAAUAUGAAGCCAUCACAUUCCAAGAAAAUGCCUUUUGAAAAAAAUGCCAAAAAUUACGAAAAUACCCUUUGAAAAAAUCUGACUAAAUCAUCGAUUACUAGACUUCAUCAUCGCUGGAGAACAGCCUCAGGUAGUCAGGCCUAAUCCGUGAUCUGUCGUCUUCAGAAUCUAAGAAAAAUGAUCUUUCGAAACUAUGAUGGUACUCCUUUUGAUAUGCCAAAAAUGGGUCCAGAAAAUAUCCGAUCAAAUUGGUGUUAAAUGUACUUAAUCAUUGGUGAAGAAUAGCCUUAGACCGAAUAUGUUAUGUGAACCUUCAAAAUCUAAGAAAAAUGGCAUUUUGGAAAAAACAAACCGAAAAAUUUCAAAAAUGUCCUUCUAAAAAAUACGCCCAUUUUGGCAAUUAUUAGACAACAUCAUCAAUGGAGAAUAGUCUGAGGCCGAAUCUAUGAUUACGAAAAUGACUUUUCAAAAAAAAAAUCACCCAAAAUUUGUGAUGGUCACGAAAAAUCUGUCAAAAAUGGUCACGGAAAAAAUCCACCGAAAUCGGUGCUGAAUAGACUUAAUCAUCUGUGAAGAAUAGUCUUAGAAAGAAUUCGUGAUUUGUAGCCUUCAGAAUCCAAUGAAAAUUACCUUUCAAAAAUGCCCAAAAAAUUAUGAAAAUGCCUUCCGGAAUAAAUAUGCCCAAAUAUGCAAUUAAUAGUCCUCAUCAUCGAUGGAGAAUAGCAUCAUGCUGAAUUUGUGAUAUGUUGCCUUCGAAAUCCAAGGAAAAUGGUCAUUCAAAAAAUCCAAUGAAAUUUGUGAUGGUACCCCUUCGGGAUAUGCCAAAAUGGACUUGGAAAAAAUCCGCCUAAAUGAGUGAUUAAUAGACUUAAUCAUAGGUGGAGAAUAGCCUCAUGUCAUAUCCGUGAUAUGUAGCCAUCAAUAUUCACGGACGGGAAACUGUGUUUAUACCCCAUUGGAAUCUGUCUAAAAUGGACAUGGAAUUUUUUUUUCCAAAUCGGUACUUAAUAGAUUUAAUUAACCGUAAGGAAUAGUCUCAGCUCGAAUCCGUGAUAUGUAGCCUUCAAAAUCCAAAGAAAAUGGUCCUUCGAAAAAAUGCCCAAAAUUUUAUGAAAAUGCCCUCCGCAAACGCAAUAUAGGCGCUGGGUUGCAAUAAUGAUAUCCCCUAACAUACCAAAACUAACCGUGACCCCAUCUUACGAAAUGGACAAUUAACAUAAUUCAUCAUCAAUGAAGAAUAGUCUCAAACCGAAUUUAUAAUUUGUAGCCUUCAAAAUUAAAUAAAAAAUGGCAUUUCAAAAUCCAAACUAAACAACCUAUUCGAAUCACUUUUCGAUAUAUAGUUUUGUAAUGUGAGUACGUAUGCCAUAAUUUUUGAAUUAUUAAGGCCCAAGAUUAUUAAUUGUUGCAUACGAAAAAAACGGGUUAGCUUUUAAACUCGGGUUACUGUUCAUAAACCCUCUUUUCUUCUAAUUUCCUGUAGCCGUGUGUACCUAAACCACUUGUGAGCUCUAGGGCGGCUGUCCAAGCAUCUCCAAUGCAGCCCUCUAAUUUCUCAACCUAUGCAUUUCUCCUUCAUAACCAUUAUAUGGAAUAGGUUUCAAUACAAAACUCUUCCUAUUUUCAAUAUUACAAAACAUUUUUUUUAUAAUGGUGAGAGCUUAAAUUAAAUUAGAUGGAACCG